AUGUCCACUUCGUCAUCAGAAUGCCCUACCUCUCCUGUUGCAACGCCGACCCUGUUCCCUGAUCUCAAAAAGUCAAUCAGAGACAUGAGUCUUCAGGAGCUGAACGAUCUAUCCGAAGACGAUUGCACACGUGUAGCUCGAUUCCAUGAGGCAUCUCGUCAAGCAAGCACCCCCGAAACUCGGAAAUCUCGCUCGUCCGCCCCAGCUAUCAUCCUACGGACACUGGUGACCCUCGCUGUCGUCCUUUUGCCUCUCGCCAUUUGCUUGCGUCUGAAGUUCGCGAGUCAUUGGUUCGGCGAUGCUCGAGUCGAUUCCAGUCCCAAUAAAGGUUCUAUUUGUGGACGGGGCUCAACACUCGGAUGGAGUCACAAGCCUGUGGUAUCGCCUUCAUGUCGAGUCGCUAGGAAGUUCGAAAUCGAUCCUGGCAGUCCGGCAGUUGCGUUCUGGGUACUGGAUUGUGAAGUUCCUGGGUUCGGAGCAACACUGGAUGCCAACCAUCAUCGCACUGUGGAUGCUGUCAGAGCCUUGACACAUAUUCCUGAUCAUAUUUCCCAAGCCCAAGCCCUGAUACACAGGUUUCAUCGCGACCUUGGUACCCUGGCGAUUAGAUACGAGUUUCCCAUCAGCCCUGAAUCCAUAUCCGCGUCGACGAUGGAUCUGCUGAUCGACGCCAUGGCCAGCUACUACAUUCAUGUCCACAGAAUGUUUUGUCACAUACGUGAUACAUCCACCGACACACUCAAUUCUGAAGCACGAGUGGCACCGUUUACCUUGACAUGGUACAACAACAAAAUCUACCACGACGUCGAGGAAAGCAUUUCCGUCCUCGAAACAGUUGAGACGAUCAUUCGAGGCAGGCAGACUGAAUGUCGAAAGAUCAUGUGGAUGAGCUACAUGUCCAUGCCAUCAGACGUCGUCCUCUCACAUGCCGAAUGGAAUCUAACCACUGAGCUGCACAACAUCCUAGAUGAAGCUCUGAGCUUGCUCGAACAGGUUGACGAGGCCAUUAAGACUGCAAGUGCAAUUAUGAAAGCCGUUGAGCGAGAGAUGAUUGUGAUUGACUCAGAUUCGGAAGGAGUGCACAGAGUCAACCACACACAGAUCAGUAACCUUCUCGUCGACGUGGAAGAGACCUCAAAGCUAUCCUCGGGUCUGGUAGCACGAAUAGAGCACCUCUGGGGAAACUCAACAUUCAACAAAUAG